AUGUGGAGAAACAGACUUUUACUGGUUCUUUCGCUCAUCGGUGCUAUCUUUGCUGUGGGGGUGAUGUCGUCCGACUAUGUUACUUAUCAUCCUGGUAACCUCCCCUUGAUUAUCACGGCUCCUCAUGGUGGCUAUUUGAAACCAAACGACAUCCCAGACCGCAAGCCAAAAAACAAGACCGUGUUGAUAGGUGACAUGUAUACAACCGAUAUUGCCUUUGCUAUCAGUGACGCAGUGGCAGAUCAGUGUCAUGGCGCUAGACCCCAUGUGGUUGUGUUUCAUGUAUCUCGGCGUAAAGUCGACGCCAAUCGUCCUAUUGAAUCAGGCACCGAUUCGCCACAAGGUCAAGCUGCUUGGAAGGAAUUCCAUCAAGCUAUUCAGGAUGCAGUUGACCACGUGAUGGCGAACUAUGAGCAUGGUUUGAUUUUAGACAUCCAUGGACAAGCACAUCCCCACGAAAGAGUUGAGUUGGGUUACUUGCUUUACAAAUCGGAACUCAUGCGACUUGAUGAUAAUGAUGAAGCUAUGGAUGAAGCAGUAAAAAGGAAUUCCUCGAUCCAAGCGUUGGCAAAACGUGUGGCGUCCUCCUUUCCGCCUCAUGAAUUAUUGCGAGGAAACGGAUCAUUCGGCGACCUAUUAGAGAGAUCACCAUCAUCAUCAAACAGUGUCGUUCGCACCAUGCCAUCUCCCUCCCAUCCUUAUCCCUAUUCGGAAGAACGCUAUUAUCGAGGAGGUUACAUUACUCAAAGAUACCACACACCCAAUAACAUGGACGCCAUCCAGCUUGAAUUGCCCAAGCACUUGAGAUUCACAAAACAAGGACGGGAUACCAUCACGAUGGCCAUUGCUGAUGCUGCAUGCUACAUGUUGGAGACAUACUAUACACAACAACCAUCACAAAAACAACGACAACAACAGCAACGAUGGAUAAGCGCAAAGUUGUAA